CUGUUUUCACCAGCUGUGGAGAAAAUGGCCGCCACGGCGAUGGAAGGGGCUGCGGUCGAUGCGCGCGUCAGCGAGGCGAAAAAGCACGAAUACUUCAGCUCGAUCAACUCCAUGGCCAGGAAGAUCAUGCAGGAAAGAGAGAAGAUUAAGGAGACGUACGGCUCGGCUUGGGAGGACAUGUCGCCGACCGAACAGGACUCAGCUAUCGACGACGGGAUGAUGGAGCCGAAGGUCCGCGCUCGGUACGCGAUGCACCGGACGGACCGCGAACAAGUGGUUUGUUAUCCGAAAAUGUUGAUCCAAACCGGCCAGAAAAUCGUCCACUUCGGAGAGGAGGAUCUCACUUGGCAGGAUGAACAUUCUGCACCCUUUUCUUGGGAGACCAAAAGUCAACUGGAAUUUAGUAUGAUCGCAGGUGCUCUGGAGUCCACGUCGUCGUCGUCGUCCGUGAUCGAAUCCAAACCCAAAAUAUCUCAGAGCAGCAAGCUUCCGGGGAUCGAGGGCUCGGGACAGGUGCGGCGUGAUGAGGAGUCAUCUUUCUGGAAGCUGAGUGCUGAGAGGUCACGUCUGGAGGGCGAGAAGGCAGACUUCCAGUCACUCACGCCCAGUCAGAUAAAGUCGAUGGAGAAAGGAGAGAAGCCGCUGCCUUUGUACCUGAGGUCUGAAUCCAGGGAAGGACAGGAACCUGCAGCACCACGUCCCAUGAAACCGAGAGUGUCUAAACCUCCAGCUCCUCCUCCUCCUGCUCCCAUCAGCAUGAACCCGGCACCUCUUAGUGUUACCCCAGCGGCUCUGAGCGUGACGCAGGCACCUCUGAACGUGAACCCGGCAUCUCUCAGUGUUACCCCGGCGGCUCUGAGCGUGACCCAGGCACCUCUCAGUGUUACCCCGGCGGCUCUGAGCGUGACCCAAGCACCUCUUAGUGUUACCCCUGCGGCUCGGAACAUGACGAAGGCACCUCUGAGCGUUACACCGACACCUCUGAACUUGAACCCAGCACCCGCCGCACCACUAGGAGGCUGGGAAAGAGCUCAGAGCACCCUGCCAUCCGUCAGCAGCACUCUAGAUGACGUGUUCAGUCCCGGUUUGGGUCCGAAAACACCGUUUGAGUCAACCAAAGACAGAGAAAAGGACGACAGCGUGCAAUCUGGAAGCCCUGCAUUUUCACAACCAGCGUUCACUUUCUUUUUAAAAACCUCUCCUCCCUUUUCUCUGUUGCAGUACAACACGAGCAGCAGCAUCCUGAAGACCGGCUUUGACUUUCUGGACAACUGGUAACGUCGGGAAACGUGACCUCAGGCAGCGGCUCCGUUCCAGACAACAGGACUUCGACCAUCCCACAAACACAUGACAAAACCGUUACAGAAAAAAAACCCACAUCUUAGAAACCUUAGUAAAGCUACAAUUGGCAUAUCGUAGAGCUAAACUGCUGUUGCAUGUCGAUUAAUCAGCGUUACAACAAUUUAGAGAAUAGUUUGGGCAAAAUAUUUCCGCUUACUACUUAAGAAACGUUUGGUGUGUGAAUUUCGCUUUCUUUAUUUUGCAUUAAAACUAAAACGGCUAAAGUAAUGGAAACAUCUAGCGACCAGUUCCGCAUAAAAUCAUUCCAUUUAUAAUAUAAACUAAUUUAAUAAUGCUCUCAAAGAGCUAUCAUGACGCUAGCUUUUUUAUUUAUCAGCCAUGUAGGUUUGUUUCCUCCGCAAAACAAAACAAGCUCAUCUCAGACACCAAAAUUACGGCUUUUCCGAUUUAUUCUGUCCAAAGUACUCUUUAAAUGAAAUGAAAUGAAAUGAAAUCAACUUUCAGUUCUUAUCAGUAAAUCUCUGAAGAAAUACUUUGUACCGGUUGUAGCUUUCAAGUUAGCAAAUGAGUCGUAAACGUACGAAUGUAUUCGCAAUACAGCAAUAACACAAAGGUAGUGAUGAAUCUGGACAGGACAAUAAAGUCUGCAAGUUUUCUUUUCCUUUUUUAUUCGUUAAUCAGACCUGAGUACUAGUGCUACGAUGCUUUAGACGGUAGUUGCUGAAUUUUAAAACGAAGAUGAUGAGAGAGAAAAAAAAAGGUGCAUUUUACACUACAGUGGUUUUCUAGACUUUUUUGAUAAACUGCCUGUCAUUUUGUCAUCAUGUGUCUUGUCAUGAUCAUGUAUUGCUCACGUGUGACCUGUGUUCAGUAAUGUAUUUAUAAGGUCUCAAACCGAUUCCCCUCUUUUUGUCUUCCUUUCACAUUCUUUGCAUAACACGUAUCAUUAAAAGAAAAAAAACUGUCA